UCUGAAAUAUUCUAUUUACUAAUCAUUAAGCAAAUGUACUAAAUUUUUAAUUCAUUAACAAUGGAAAAAUCUAUUAUUUCAAAAAUUUUGAUAGUAGGGUGUGGUUUAACAGGUAGUGUGACUGCUAGUUUAAUUAAACAUGAAGCUGCGGCUGAUAUAUCCAUUUGGGAAAAGGAAAAUCAUAUCGUGUAGAACUGGCUGCUCUUUUGACUUUUUAAGUGAAAAUAGAUCGAUGUAUAUAUGGACAAAGACAAGGGAGUGCGCAAUGCCAAGUGGGCGCUUUUAUACUUUUCACCAUCCAUCAGAACCAAAAUGUUCUGUUGAUUUAGGUGCCCAGUAUGUUAGUGCUACUUUGGAGUUUAUUCGUAGUCAUGCAAGGUUUUAUGAUGAACUUUUAGAUCAAGAUAGUUUAGUGCCUCUAGGACAAAAGAUUGAAAACUUCAGGAAAUUAUCUGAAACCAAAACAAAUUUUGUUGCUCCAGAGGGCACAGAGUCCCUUAUCAAACACUUUCUCUCAAAAGCAGGUGCUAAAGUUUAUUUGGAACAUGAUGUUGUUGAAAUUAACCUAAAGAAAGAUAAGAAGUUAUGGGAAGUUAAAUCAAGUAAUGGUGUUGUCAAAGAGUUUGAUGCUGUUAUAUUAACUAUCCCAGUUCCUCAAAUUUUGAUGCUAAAUGGAGAUUUCUUCACUAAAUACCUAGAUGAUGACAUGAAAAUGGCCAUGGAGCAAGUUAAAUAUUCCUCUCGUUAUUCAGUUGCCCUUAUGUAUAAUGAUGGUGUUGGAGAAUUGCCUUGGUCUAUGAAAUAUUUCCCAGAAGAUGAAAUAAUUUGCUUUGCUGCCGUAGAUAACCUGAAAAGAGGGAAACCUAAAGAUCCUCCUGCUGUUUUGAUACACACUACUACUAAAUACUGUCAGAAAAAAUGUGAUCUUGGUGAUGAUGAAGCCCAGAAAGAAAUUCUUACUCAUUUUAAGUGCCUUGUACCAGAUUUACCAGAGCCUUCUUUUAUUAAAUGUAUCAAGUGGACAUAUUCACAAGUUGUUGAUGCUUACCUAGAUAAUCCUGGCUGCAUCAUCUUAAGUGACCAUCCAUGUCUUAUUUGUGGGGGUGAUGGUUUUACAGAAUCUAAUUUUAAUGGCUGUUUAACAUCUGCUUUGAGAAUCGUUGAAGAGCUUCUAAAAUAUGUCACAAUUGCCAAGUCUGGGAAAAACCACAAGAGAGGUCAUGCAACUGCUAAUGAUGUUUGAAAUAUUUUAAUUGAUCUUUGUUUAAGUAUAUGGUGUAGUCACACUUAUAAUUGAAUUUGGUUGGUUGUAUAAUUGUUUUUAUGACAUGUCUUUUUUUAUUUAUUUUUUCUUAUAUUAAAUGAUUAAUAUGUGAUUUAUCUCUUUUCUCACCUUAUAAAAUACAUACUGUUUUUAGGAAAGAGGGAAAAUGAAAAAUAUUUUUCUUUUGCAUCAUUGUUCGAAAUAUGUGCAAGUGUGUAUUCGAUUCAUUUUAAAUAAAAAUUAGCAUUCUUGAUGAAAAAUGUAUUUUUAGAAAGGGUGUAUUUUUUUAAAUUAUAAUUUGUAAGAUUGGGAAAAAUUCAUAUAACAAAUCUUAAAUCUUUUAGUUUGGAUUAAAGUUUAUUUAAAUUUUAAAUACAUCAUAAUAUGCAAUAAUAAUAUACAGCAGUAUUGUUACAAAUUGAAAUAGUCUAUUUAAUUAAAAUAGUAGUUCCCCUUAUUGUUUUAUAGAUAACCAUUCCUCAUGACAUGUUGUGAAGAAGAUUAUUUCAUGUUAAUAAGAAAUUUAGAGGCUUCUAAACAAUUAAAAUUUGGGUUUAGAAUCUUUAAAAUUUUCAUUCAUCUUCCAGAAACUGUGUGUUGAAAUAUUAGUGGUUGAUCUUUACAUUAUGGUAACUUGGCGUUUUUUUGGCGAAAAUUUGGCGACCAACUCUCCUACAGCAACCCUUUUUUUUUUUGUUCCCGCCGCCAUUUUGUCUUCACGAAGUAAAGACA